AUUAUCAAAACUCGAGAUUACGCUCGGAUGUCAGAAUGACGAUCAGCGAUCGUCGCUCGCGGAAUAAUUGACACAUACAAAAAAAUAAAUAAAACAUAAAAUAUAAAACACAUCGAUAGUCAUGGCCGAACGAGGUGCCCACUUGACCGGAACUCUGUUCGCCAAACCUUCGAUUUUUGAAAUCGCAGCGCACAAGUCCCUCGCUGCGACUCUGGAACCUGCGGCGAGGAAGCUGAUUACGUUUAUAGCGUCUGCCAAUCCUGACAAAUACUCCUGGGUGUACAAAUGGUCGGAUGAGAUACAUCUCAUUUUCAUUGCAGCUUUGCAAAAUUAUUAUUUGAAAAAUUACUCUGCAUCCUUUUCAGAAACGUUCUAUGGUUUAAAAAGGAUUGUGUUGAAGGAUUCCAAUGUUCAAUUGAAUCUCGAUAAAAAACGAUUGAACACCUCUCUCAUUAUUCUAGUUAUUUUUCCUUAUUUGCAAAAGAAAAUUGAUAACUGGGCAAAUGAGAAUAAUAAUUUAGUUCAGAAUCAAAAGAGUUUAGUAUAUUAUUUGUACAAAGCCUAUAGAAUACUUUGCUCUUUGAAAGAAUUGGCUACUUUUUACCAGUAUCUAUUGUACUUAUCAAAUCGCUCAAAAUUUCCAACCAUUUCCUUGAGGUUACUCUCCAUAUCGUUAACUUAUGGUGAUGACCGCGAAGACAUUGGUUUGAUUGAUUUAUUAAAAAAGCUACCACAAGGAAAUUUCAGCACAAGCGAUGGUAUGGAUUUUGUUAGGCUGUCUAUUGUUCGUUCCAUCGAAGUUGGUGCUUUUUUCCUGCAAUUUUUACAAUGGUGGAAUCAAGAACACUAUUACAACUUGAGCCUGAUGGCUUUGCCAGUUCCACCACCUCCACAGAUACCUGAAUAUGCCAAGAGAUAUAAAGGAAUAUGUCCAAUUUGUUAUAGAUCACCACGAAUUCAUACUGUUUUAGCUACUUCUGGCUUUAUUUACUGUUACUCGUGUAUUAUAACAGAAUUGAGAAAAAACAAAAAAUGUCCUGUUACUGGUUAUCCAGCAAAAGAAGACCAGCUUGUUAGACUUUACUUACAAGAGUGAGUUGUUAGGUUUUAUACUUAUUUUCUUUAAAAAGAUGAGUUUAACACAGGUUUUUUGUUUAUAAAUAUUGUGAUAUUGUGAUAGAGAAAAGUUAUUAAAGGUGUAGGAAAUUUUUGUACAAAAAUUAAGAAAAAAAGCAAUAUAUAUAAAAAUUGUAUACAUACUGUACAUAACUUGAAAGGUUUAUUCAAUAAAAUUGACUGAAGUAAAUAAUAAUUACAAGGCAUGAUAUAAGGCACUUUUUUCAAUUGCAUUUUGUCUUAACAAAGACUGUAAAAUCUGUUUGUUGCAUUCGUACAAAAAUCUCAAUCAUUCUCUCAAAAAUAUAACAAAAUAUAUUGUCAAAAUUGAUAUGUAAAUAUAGAACGACACAACGUUACUAUUAUUUGUUACAAAGUCUUACCAUUCGUUCAUCCUCUCACCUAUUCAACAAUUGUAAUUUAAAAAGGCACAAAAAAAACUUGUUUCGUCAAAAAACUAUUGGUCCUAAUAUAACAAACUAUCAUUAUAAAGUUUACAUAUAAUAUAAAACCUAAUGUAACCAACAAGAAUUUUUAUCAUGACUAACGAUCGCGUAACACACAAUAUCUUACACUUUGUAAGAUUUCCAAAAUUAAACGUAUAAAAGCUGGUAGUUAGUACAAAAUAUCUUAGAAUUCUAAAUAGCAUAACAAUGGUCUGUUAAUUAUAGUUUGUGGUUGUUUUUUGUGUGCGAAUCAUGUGCAUCAAAAUCACAUACCACAGCCUAAAUCAUGCAUAAUUUAACAACGAAUGAUAUGCAGAUAAUACAAUUAUAAUACAUAUUUAGACAUUUUUUGGAAUAUUAUUGUAUUACUUUUUUUAUCGUAUAACGGAAAAAUAGCAAUAUACUUAUUCUUUUCUUGGGCUGAUAUUGAGUAAUAAAUUUAAGUAAAAACAGAUCACUUUGUAUUUAUAUUCAAUUUAAAAAAAAAUGUGAAUUAAAAUACAAUUUCAGUCCAUGCUUUAAAUUUUCACCCGAUAUCGGCCCAAUUUUGCAGUUAAUUUUUUUUUGUACAAUUACAAUUCUUCAAAAAAGGCUACUCUAGCUUUUGUAGAACCCGAUUUUACUUUCUUCAAAGUACUAUACUUAUUU